AUGAACCAGAUUGUGACUCAACCAACUGGUCAUGCUGUGACUAUUCCGGUGAAUCAUGGAGAAAAAUCGGAUAAAUUCAUUGGAUUGAAUUUCAAAAGGUGGCAACAGAAAAUGUUGUUUUACCUGACCACCUUGAAUCUUGCGAGGUUCUUGACUGAAUCUGCUCUGAAACUCAAAGAGGGUGAGGAGGAUGUUCAAGCUGUCAGCUCACUGGAUGCGUGGAAACAUUCAAAUUUUUUAUACCGAAAUUACAUUAUGAACAGUUUAGUAGAAUCGCUAUACAACUUGUAUAAUACUUUGAAAACUGUUAAGGAGUUGGAGUCGUUGGAUCGAAAAAAUAAGAUUGGGGAUGUCGGGACCAAGAAAUUUAUUGUUGGCCAAUUCUUAGAUUAUAAGAUGGUGGACUCCAAAACAGUAAUCAGUCAAGUGCAAGAACUCCAAGUGAUUCUUGAUAAAAUUCAUGCCAAAUGGAUGAUUUUGAGUGAAACUUUCCAAGUGGCAGUAAUUAUUGAAAAAUUGUCACCCACGUAG